AAAUAAUAUACUAAACAGUUAUGUGCGUUUGUUUAUUUUCUACGCAUUUUGUGAAAGUAUAAAAAUAACUUUUAUUGACAAUCAUUAGAAGUAUAUAAUCAUUAAUUGUUAUUUAUUAUUUGAGUAAAAAAUAAAAUAAAACAUGUCAUUACAACAGCCUUGUGAUACACUCCGAGUAUUACACUUACCUCCGUACUUAAGCGAUGAGAAAAGAAAUGAGUUGUUUAAAAAAUUUGGUGCUGAAUGUACAAAAACAAUUAGAAAAUCAGAUACAUAUACAACGACGUUUGUUAAAUUUCCAUCGAAUGAAUUAGCUACAAAGGCAUUUUUACAAUUACAUCAGUUGGAAAUAAAAGGACAGUAUUUGUCUGUUGAAUUUGCAAAAAAAUCAUUCGUCAGUAACACAGAUGAUAAUGUAUUGUUUAAAUCAGAACCAUUGAAUGUAAAUGAAAAAGAUGAUAAUGCAAAUACUAAAAAUUUUCAAGCCUUCAUUGAUAAAUUAAAUACUUGGACAUCUAAUUAUAAUUUUUCUCAACCACCACCACCAAAUAUUUCUUAUAAAUAUCCAUUACCUACGAGAAAUAUUUUGUUAAGAAUUUCAAUCCAGCUUCUGAGAGAACCUGCUUUUUAUACCCAGGUGUUGCAUUUAAUGAAUAAGAUGAAUUUACCCCCACCUUUCGAAGAACUUGAAGCUGAAUUUCCAAGCCUGAAAGAAGUAUAUAAUAUGGAAAAAUAUAAAGAUAUCUUUGGUAAUAUCAAUGCCGAGAAUGAUGAUUCUUUAUUGACUGAUAAUUAUUUUAUGAUGGAAAAUGAUGAUGAUGAAGACAAUGAAAUGGAAGUUAUGGGUGAUGGCAAUAAUGAUGAAGACGAAGAAGAAUCAGAAAUGGAAUCGGAUAACGAAGGAACGAAUAAACUACAAGAAUUUAUUCCCGUUAAAAGAAAAUUACCUGAAGGAAAGAGAAAAAUAAAGAUUCCUAAAUUUGUUAAUCCUACUGUACAUCCGAAGCCUAUUACUUCAAAACAAAAAAUCAUCCGGCCAGAAGAUGUAUUUGAGCGUAUUCCAAUAGAAGAAAUUAAAAAGAAGACUGUUAUAAAGACCGAUAGUUUAGUAAUUGAUAAAAUUAUAAAUACUGAUACAAACGAUCAAUCUUAUGAACCAUCAGAGAGUGGUUUUGGUAUAAUAAAUCCUGUAAUAAAAACUGAUGAUGGAAAUGAUGAAAAGACAAAAGAGGAUGAAAAAUCUAAAGAAUUCAUAACUUCUGAAAAGUUAGCCAGCAAUCGAAUAUCGGCAAAUGAUCAAAGAUUGUUUUCAGAGUUUAAAAACUAUCAUCCGGGUAAACCAUCGUGCCGAUUAUACAUUAAGAAUUUGUCGAAAGAAGUAAAUGAAGAUGAUUUGCAUUAUAUUUAUCGAAAAUACAUUAUACCGAAUUUAGAAAAUUCAGAAUUGGAGUACAAUGUUAAUUUAAUGCGUGGUGGCCGCAUGAAAGGUCAAGCUUUUGUUACAUUUCAAAAUAUUGAGCAAGCUCAACUUGCACUUAAUGAAACCAACGGUUAUAAACUUAAAAGUAAAUAUAUGGUAGUACAGUUCUCAAAUGCAACCAACAAAAAAUAAUUGUAUUGUAUUAUUUUUUUUUUUUUCAAUCAAAUCAUCGGUGCUUCAUAUAAAAAAUAAUGAUGCAACGUUAAAGCAGUCUGAAUUAAAGAUGUAUAUUAUUUAUUAAUUUUUAAUGUUAUUUUCACUCAGUCUUAUGAGGAGGUUUCAAUUUUUUGUUCACACCGAAAAGUGCUUCCAAUUUUUAAUAACUGAAAGUAUUAUUUUUGAUUAAUUAAAGUUGUUACAAUUUAUCCGAGAUUUAAUAUCUCUUGUGCUUAAAUUGGUUUAAUAAUUAAGAUUUUUUGUAAAUAAAGUUUUUACUCAAUUAUUGUAAAUAAAUUACUUACUAAAAAAUUA